UGUCUCAUUACGGUUCGCAGUCAGAUCCCGCCAAGAUGUUCAACGCGAGAUCGCGUGGCAGCCCAGCCCACGAGGGGACUUCCCCAUCCCCCUCUCCCAAGACGAGAAGACUCGCCCCCGCAUCCCUGCCACUGCUCCUGCUCCUUCUGGUGCUCCCUGCGGUGGCACCCAUGUCGCUCGACCGCCUCGCCCUCGAGCGGAACGAGCUGCCAGCGGAGCAGCAGCAACAGCAGCCACAGCAGGAUGUCCUGGUGGACGACAUGAAACUCACCUCCGUGCCCUCCGCCGACUCCUCGGACAUGUACAUGCUGGUUCCGGAGGCGGUGGCCACCCAGCUGGAGGACGACGAGCACGUGGAUCGCAACUCCAUCGACUCCUCCUCCACGUCCAACUCAGACGCCAACUCCAACUCCGACAUGCUGAUGCUGGAGAGCGACUCCGGCCCCGCCAUGCAGCUCGUGGAGCUGCCCAGCCUGGUCUCCGUGGAGGCGGAGUCCCACCCGGAGGCGGAGCACGAGGCGGAGGAGCAGCAGCAGCCCGAGUCCAUAGAGGAGCACGUCGUCCUGCUGAAGCCCGCCAGCCAGGAGGCCCAGUUGGAGCAGGCCGUGGACCUGGCCACCGAGGCGGCCCCGCUCCCGCUCCACGACGACCCGCUCCACGAGGACGCCGCCACCGAGAGCGCGCAGGAGGAGUCGGAGAAGGAGUCCGAGUUGGAGACCAAGUUGGAGACGGAGUCGGAACCAGCCGCAGACGACCAGGUGCCCGAGGAGUCGGAGCCGCAGCCGGAGCAAGUGCAGCCAGAGGGCUCCAGCCAGCCAGAAAGCGAGUCCGAUCCGGCGGAGAAGAAGCCGGAGAUCGAAGCCGACAAGGAGAUUGAAGAGCAGAAGCAACCAGAAGUGGAACCAGCAGUGGAACCAGAAGGGGAAGAGGAGAUUGCAGCUGAAUCCCUGCCAGAAGUGGAGGCCCAGCCGGAGGCCAGCGUCCCUGCAGAAGAGCCAAGCCAGCCAGAGGAAGAGCCGCAAGGUGAACCCCGGCCAGAAGCCCAGCCGCAAGAGGAAUCCCAGCCAGAAGCCCCAGUUGAGCUGCAAGCUGAUGGCGAGGAGGAGUCCCAAGUGCCGAGUGAAUCCGCCACCGAGGCCUCUCUGAUGGAAACCCUGGCCGAAGGAGUCGAGGACGGACUCACCGCCGCCAUGGACACUCUGGUGCCGGAGCAACUGGCCGACAAGGAGGAGAACGAGGAGGAGCCAUCCCCGGUCACAGAAGCAGCCGAGGAGCUAGCCACCCCGCCAGUCGAGCAGCAAGAGCAGGAGGAGCUGGCGCAGCCCGAGCAGCUCAUCCUGGCCGACGAGCCGCAGGAGGAGAUCGCCCAGCCAGCGGAGUCCGCUCCCGUUCCCGAAUCCGUUCCUGCUCCCGAAUCCCCGGAGGACGCCAAGACCGAGGAGCAACCGCAGGCGGAGGAGGAGGAGGCCAAGCCGGUGGAGGCCGAGGUUCAGCCCGCGAUCGCUGAUGCGGCACCUGAGGAAACCACGACCGAAGAUAUUGCUGCGAUUCCCACUGAUGGUCCAACAGAAGCUUCUGCCAUAAUCCCCGCAGAGAUCCCCGCAGAGAUCCCCGCUGAAGUUCCCGCUGAAGAUCCCGCUGAAGGUCCCGCCGAAGUUCCCGCUCAGAUCCCUGCAGAAGAGCCAGCCAAGGAACACGACGAGAUCCAGUCGGACCCAGCCCAAACCGUAGCCGAGCCGGAGAAGCCAGCGGCGCCGGAAGAGCCUUCCCUGCUGACCACCAUCGUGCCCGUGGCGAUGCCGCCUUCCCAGGAGUCAGUGCAGCCCGUCCAGGUGCAGCCCGUCCAGGUGCAGCCCAUCCAGGUGCAGGACAGCGUGCUGAACUACGUGAACGCCUCCUUCCUGCAGCAGCAGCCGUCGGAGGCGGACCUCCCCAAGGCGGAGGCGGAGGCGGAGGCCCCGGCCAGCGCCCACCUGCGGCGCUACGACGGCGCCCAGGUGUGGCGCAUCGUGGUGCAGACGGACAAGGACAAGCGGAUGGCCGACGAGCUGCAGUCCAAGUACGACGGCCAGCUGUGGAAGGAGGUCAAGCAGGAGGUGGACUACCUGCUGAAGCCCCAGGUGCUGGCCGCCGCCGAGCGCCACAUCCGCGCCGCCAACCUCUCGCGGAUCGUGCUCAUCGACAACCUGCAGCACGUGAUUGAGAAGGAGAAUCCCCCGGAGAAGAUCGCCGAGUUACAGAACCGCAAGGGUCACCGACUCACCUGGCAGGCCUACCACCGGCUGGAGGACAUCCACGGCUUCAUCGACUACAUGGCCAAGACGUACCCGGACAUCUGCUCCACGGAGGUGAUCGGCUACUCGGUGGAGAAGCGGCCCCUGAAAAUCCUCAAGAUCUCCGACGGGAAUGCCCGCAACCCCGGCGUGUGGAUCGACGGCGGGAUGCACGCCCGUGAGUGGAUCAGCCCGGCCACGGUCACCUACAUCGCCAAUCAGCUGGUCGAGGGCUGGGAGGAGCUGCCGGAGCACAUGCGCGCCAUCAACUGGUACCUGCACCCGGUGGCCAACCCCGACGGCUACGAGUACUCGCACACCACCGACCGCCUCUGGAGGAAGAACAUGCGCGCCCACGGACGCCAGUGCCCCGGGGUGGACCUGAACCGCAACUUCGGCUACAAGUGGGGCGGCAAGGGCACCUCGGCCAGUCCCUGCGCGCAGACGUACCGCGGCAGCAAGGCCUUCUCCGAGCCGGAGACCUUCUACAUCAGCAAGUUCAUCAGCGGCUUCCCGCGGGACACCUUCCAGGCGUACCUCUCGUUCCACAGCUACGGCCAGUACAUCCUCUACCCGUGGGGCUACGACUACCAGCUGACCCAGGACCGCGCCGACCUCGACCGCGUGGCGCGCCAGGCGGGAACGAGCAUCACGAAGUCGACGGGCGUGAAGUACACGGUGGGCUCCUCCGCCACAACCCUCUACCCCGCAGCCGGAGGCUCCGACGACUGGGCCAAGGGCAUCGCGGGCAUCAAGUACGCCUACACCAUCGAGAUGGGCGACACGGGCAGGUACGGCUUCGUCCUGCCGGCCCGCUUCAUCCAGUACAACGGCAAGGACGGCGUCACCUUCGCCGACACCGUGGCCAGGGCCAUUGCCCAGGGACGCGGCAAGUCGGUGGCCAGGAACGGCAGCACCUCCGCCAGCAGUAGCUCCAGCAGCAGCAGCAGAAGGCGUCGCCACUAGUCCCCGGCCACUUAGUCCAAUGCCAUUCCCCGUGAAUCGGCCCCAUCAUUUUUUUUUUAUAUUUAUAUGAACGCUAUUUAUUUAUUUAUUGUACUUGUAACUAGACAAAUUGAUUGAAUGGACCCGCUUCAACUCAUCGACCGUAGAGUAGACUGAAAGGCGGUUAUUAAAGAGCGAAAACCCAGUGAGAAAA